AUGCAGAAUACAAAUCCCAUGGGUAAUCCGAAUAUGCCACCUGGUGGGUAUGCGCCACCAAAUCAGGGACAACUACAGCCUGGUAUGGGAUAUUAUGGUCAACCAGGACCUGGUCAAGCCCAGCAAGCUCCAAUGGGCAUGUCUGGUCAGCAAAUGAUGAUGGGUAGUGGUUCUUCUGGAAUGCCAAUGGGCUAUCAAGGUGGCGUACCGCCCAUGAUGCCGCAACAACCUGUUCAACCAGCUCCACAACCGUCGAUGAUGCAGCAAGCCAUGUUUGGAGCGCAAGGAGCUCUGGCAUCAGUAUCUCGACCGUAUUCUGGCGCUUCAGCCCCAGCGCCAUCACCAUAUUCUGGCUCUUCAGCUAUGCCAGUAGGAAUGGGAGGAGUGCAAGGUCCAGGUCCCCAACCGCCGUACACUGGUCAGCCGCAACCAACACAGCAACAGCAGCAAGCAUCUGCUGCAGGUUUCGUAGGUCAGCAACAACAGCCAUCGGGAGCACCCACACAGCAGAGUUAUGCUUAUUCACAUAGUUUGAGAAUACUGGCUGAACAAACAGAUGGGCGAGGUCAUGAUUUUGUACCUUAUCUAGUAUGUAAUGUUAUUUGGACAUUUUAUUGA